AUGAUCUACGUUCCGAUGAUUCUCCUUGUGAAAACCUCUCUCAUUUAUACAUUGAUUCGACUUUGGAGCCCAUACCGGGCUAAGGUCGUAUCUCUCUAUAUCUUCCUGACCAUAAUAAUUGCCUAUUAUAUUAUUAUUCUGUUCGUGAAAGUGUUUUCCUGCACUCCAAUCCGCCUAUUGUGGGAGGUCAACGAUUUAUCUGGGUCAUGUCUCAAUCGUUCUGCUAUCAUCAUUGCCGACUCUGUGACUAGUGUGACCACUGAUCUGGCUAUUCUAACAUUUCCGAUAGCCCUCACCUGGGGAUUGCAAAUGGCUGUCUCUAAGAAAAUACAUGUUAUUGUCAUUUUGGGCGCGGGGGGCACUGCUAUUGCAUUCAGCAUCUACCGGCUGGUCCUUGUCGUUCAUUACAGAGAUGCCCCCUUUCAAAGAGAUCUCUUUUUGAGAAUCCUUCUCUCCGAUAACGCCGAGGGUGGCCUAGGUCUCAUUUGCACUUGCAUUCCGGCUAUAAAUAAACUAAUUAGUCAUUUGAAGCAGGAAUACAAUAAGAAGAGGAACUUGAACAAGGGACAAUUUCAGCUCGUUUGA